GGAAAAUUGAGAUUUGGCCAAAAUCCCUAAAACGAAAAUCGAAACUUCUUCUUCUUCUUCUUCAUCCUCGUUGAUUGAUUACCCAUACCAAUUCCCUCGCAGGUGAGGUAGCUCGAUUCCUCAACCGCUACUCUCUCCCUCCGAUUGUUCUUGCUCGUUUAAUUUCGAAGAGAAGGAAGCUCCCAGGUUCUAGGGUUUCGCUUUGGUUCGUAAAGGGGUUUAACUACAAUUGUCUAAUCGGAGAUUUCGUUUUGUUUAGAGUGUCUUCCCUGAGAAUAGGAAUUUGGAAAAGUUUGGUGAUCCGGCUUAGAAGGAAAAAGAGAUGGAGGGUUUUGUUGAUCACUAUUUAGUUCUAGGCUUACCCUCUGGGGAGGAAGCUCUCAAGUUUACUGAGAAGGAGAUUGCAAAAGCUUACAAGUUGAAAGCUCUGGACUUGCAUCCGGAUAAACGUCCAGAUGAUCCUGAUGCUCAUGAGAAAUUUCAGAGGCUCAAGACAUCUUAUGAGGUUCUCAAAGACGAGAAAGCCCGGAAGCUGUUUGAUGAUCUUCUUAGGAUUCAGCGUGAGAAACAACAGAAAAAAACACAAGUAGAUUUCAAGAGGCGUAAGUUGAUGUCAGAUCUUGAGGGAAGGGAACGUUCUGCUUUUUCUCCUCCUGAUUCUGCUGCUAGACCUCAUGAUGAAGAAGAGAGGAUCGCAAGGAAGCUUAAGGAAGAGAUAGAGAGGAUACGUGCAAGACAUGCAAAGAAGAAAAGUGGGUUUGAAACCCAAGAGAGUGGUGUGAAUGAAAAGAAAAAAGAAGAAAGAAGCGGUGCUGGAGUUAGUGGUGUUCAACUCGAUAAGGAGAGAAUGUUGAAGGUUUCAUGGGAAACAAUUGGUCAAGGGUAUACAGCGGGGAGGCUUACACAAGUGUUUUCGGAGUUUGGUAAGGUUGAAGAUGUUGUGAUUAGGAGUACCAAGAAGAAAUGCUCUGCUCUUAUUGUAAUGGCGACAAAAGAUGGAGCUGUUGCAGCAACGAGAACAUUGUGUGGCGAUCUCUCUAAUCCGUUGCUAGUUGUACCUCUUCAGAAAGCAGCCCAAUCAGAUUUUCAGACCGCUAAGAAGUCUGCAGAAGCAGAACCACAAAGCAACAUAGUAGGUGCUGGUUAUCAAGCUUAUGAAGACGCCGUCAUGCAAAGACUGCGAAAGGCGGCUAUGAACCAGAAAUGAUGAGGGGUUAAGCUACUUGAUCAAGAAUGAAGCUGCUUGAAGACUAAAUUGGUCGUCCUUAUACAUUAUUGUGUACAUUUAGUUUCCAUAUCAAUUGAUUCUACAAACUCUACCCUGAAAGCUCUUUAAAUGCUUCGUGUCAUCUUCUUGAGAGCUUCACUUUGUAACGGAAGUCGUUUUCAAAUUUAGAAAUUUUUUUGGAUUUGUAUCAUAUUCUUCAUUUAUUUGGAAUUGUAUGUUGUGUAUGCUUCGACGUUAUAUGAAGAAGAUAGACAUCAAUAGUAAACUGAAUAUAAAAAUGAAACGUUUUGGGGCGAUA